AUGGGCGAGGAUGUGUCGAAAGUCUCGGAAGAACGCCUAAGGGAAGGUGCCGAAAAGCUUGGCAGGGAGAUUCUGAAAAUCGAGCAUGAACUAUGGAGCGGUUCGCACUGCCGUGAUUCCGAAUGGCAGCAAGGCAUGCUUCCACUAAAGCAAGCUCGAUUGGAGGACCAGAUUGGUGCUUGUGGGGAUGAAGCGGAUGCCAGGCCAGAAGCCACGGGCCUAAGCAAUUUGCUGGCUGCGAAUGUUGUGACCUGGGAGCGUGCCAGAAUGGAGGCCUUGCGCCGGGAAUACACUUUGAAGGGUGCAGUCGCGGGCCUCGUCUCGCGCAUGCGUAAGGGAGGCUUCUUGCCAGGCGCAACGAUGUAUGCGAUGGACUGGGAGUGGGAACUGGACCAGGCUAUUGGGCUCUUAAAAGAGCACCUUCGAAAGGAUGAAAUUCAGACGGUUCACUCAGGCAGACCAUGGUCCAUCGAGAUCGCUGGUAAGUUGCAAGCUACAGUCCAAGACGGCUGGAAAGUUCGAUUAGGCCAAUCUUUCGUGUUCUUCCUGACUGCCGUGCUGCCUGUUCGCAAACGCAUCUUGGCAUCAUUUUGUUCCUCUCCUUCGACCAAGCAGAACUUGCUGGUGACGAUGUUCACCAGCUUGGACCUAACAUGCCUGGUGACGACCUGGGUGCUUUGUGCAGUCGCUCCUGCUGCCUACCAUCUCGGGGAUUUGUUUGAGACCACCAUUUCAGAGCUGGGUCCGCUCGCAGAGGGCGUCAUCAACAGGAUUGAUCUCAAGUCCAAGAAUAAGCAUGUAGCUUAUGACAUAUAUGGGGCGUUGCUGACGCUUGGCCCAAAAGUUGCAGAGAUGGCCUGGAACUUGGUGCCCGCGCUUGCCUGGAGUUGGCACUUCUUCCUUGAGCUCGUCAUCGGCUCCUUAUGUUUCUUCGCAGUCUCCACCGCGUUCGCACGCUGGCUGUCACCCCAGACCGGAUUUGCCACCCAUGUGUCGGUGGGCGUGUGUGGGCCUCUCUGGCUCUUCACCGAAGAAUCAGAACACAAGGGCAUCAUGGGACUCAACGCAUACUUUGCCAUUGUCCUGAGAAGUUUGAGCUUGGCGGCGUUUGUAGUAUGGAGCUGGACCUCAGUGAACGACUACAGUGUGCAGCUGUUUUUUGCAAUCACCUGUAAAUCGUACCUGUCGAAAGAUGGGCUGAUCUGGAGUUGGAUAGGAUUGCUUGUAGUGCAUUUUCUCUGUGGGUUUGCAACUGUCAGCGCUCUUGGGAGUGCGGAUGACAGCACCUCGGAGGAUGGGUCAGAUGAGGAGCAAGGACUCGAGGCAAGUGCUACAGCUUCCUACAGGACCUUUGCUAUCACAUCGAAGAAGGCUCAGGCUCACAAGUAA